AUGCGCUUGUCCAACAGGUCGAUGCUCGUCCUGGCGCUGGCUGGCGCGGCCAUGGCCAUGCCAGCCAGACGUGCGUCUACGCCUCCCGUGGCCGACCAUGCCAAGGCCCGUCAUGUCAAGGAGGCCUUUGAAAUCUCGUGGAAUGGCUACUACAAGCACGCCUUCCCUCACGAUACCCUGCACCCCGUGAGCAACGGCUUCGAGGACGACCGGGCCGGAUGGGGGGUGACUGUCGUCGACGCGCUCGACACGGCCAUCAUCAUGAACAGCUUGGAUAUCGUGACGCCCAUGCUGGACCACAUCGCCAAGAUUGACUUCACGACGACCGCCAAGGCCGACGACUCCAUUUCGCUCUUUGAGACCAACAUCCGGUACCUGGGUGGCCUGCUAUCCGCGCACGACCUGCUCAAAGGCCCCUACCAGCACCUGGGAGUCGAUCCGCCCAGGGUCGACAUGCUCCUGACGCAAGCGCGCUCCCUCGGCGACAGCCUCAGCGUGGCAUUCGACACGCCGAGCGGCAUUCCGGACCCGACCAUUGUCCUGAACCCCGCCAGGAGGAACAGCGGCGCCGACCGGAACAACAUCGCCGAGAUUGGGACCCUGGUGCUCGAGUGGACGCGUCUCAGCGACCUGAGCGGGAACCAGACGUACGCCGAGCUGGCGCAGAGGGCGCAGGACUAUCUCCUGCGUCCCAGCGGAGCGCCCGAGGCGUGGCCGGGCCUCGUCGGCACCUGGGUCAGCACCAGGGACGGCAGCUUCUUGGACAGCAGUGGCGGCUGGUCGGCCUACGACGACAGCUUCUACGAGUACCUGAUCAAGAUGUACGUGUACGACCCCGGCGCGUUUGGCGAGUACAAGGACCGCUGGGUUGCGGCCGUGGACUCGACCAUGGAGCACCUCGUGUCGCACCCGACGACGCGCAAGGACCUGUCUUUCCUGUCUUCGUACAGCGGGCAGAAGACGACCCCGUCCUCCGGACACUUGGCCAGCUUUGCCGGCGGCAACUUUAUCCUGGGCGGCAUCAUGCUCGGCGAAGAGAAGUACAAGCAGCUCGGGCUGCGAAUCACCGAGUCCUACUACGAGACGUACGUCCGGGAGGCGGCGGGCAUCGGCCCCGAGGGCUUCAACUGGGUCGACGCCGCCCUGCCGAGCGACGACCCGGGCAACAGGUCGCCGCCCGCGGACCAGGCCGACUUCUACAACAAGACGGGCUUCUACAACACGGCGCCGUACUACAUCCUGCGCCCGGAGACGGUCGAGUCGCUCUACUACGCGUACCGGCUGACGGGCGACGCCAAGUACCAGGCCAUGGCGUGGGCGGCGUUCCAGCAGAUCCGCAGGCUGUGCCGCGUCAACGAUGCCUACGCCGAAAUCGGCGACGUGUCCGACAGCAGCGGCGGCGGCUUCGUCGACCAGAUGCAGAGCUUCUGGAUGGCCGAGACGCUCAAGUACCUCUAUCUCAUCUUUGCGGCCGACGGGCCGGUGCAUGUGCAGGGCCAGGGCGCCACCAACAAGUUUGUGUACAAUACCGAGGCGCACCCCGUCGCGGUGCGGGCGUCAGGGUAG